AGGAAAAUAUCACCAAAUUCCUUUUUCGUUAAUUCUUUUAGUUAUUAAAGUUAACAGAGCUGCGUGGCGUCAUCUAAUUAGUUCUUAUUUAAUUAAUCAAAAAAUAGAAAAUCAUUAAACAAAUUUUUUUUUUUUUAAAUGACCACCCCUCCUUCUCCCCCACACUGAUACCCAGCCUGCCCACCACCGUGGCGGCGCUCCUCCACAGUGCCUACGCCUCUCCAUUGUGUCGGUGUCGUCCUUCACCUCGACCCUAGCCACCACCUUAGACGAAUUCCCCCACCACCACAUUAGCCAAUUUCCCCUCUCCCUCCUCCCCUUGAACCCCAAAACCCCUCUCCGCCUUUCCACCUUACUCGAAAACCCAGACACCACCCCAAAACCCCGUUGUCGCCGCCCAAAUUGUCAAAAACCACUACCCCAAAACCCUAAAACACCAAAAUUGAAACCUGAUUUUGGUUUUUGGUUUUUGACGUACGUGGUGGUUUAGUGGGGUGGAGUCGUGGAGAUGGCGUCGGGAGGGGCGAAUUCGCUUUGCCGAUGCGAGGGAGGGGUUUGUGGCAUCGGCUGGACCUGGUGGUUAGAGGAGGGUUUUUCGAAGGAUGCAUGCACGGUGGUUCAAGGGAAGGGGAGUUGCGAUUCUACGAUCCGGAUCGCGAUUUUGAUAACUAUGGGUCGGUGGUUAGGGGAUGGUUUUUCGAAGGAUGCAGGCACGGUGGUUCAAGGGAAGGGGAGUAACGUCUCCAGGGGAAUCUAGUAUGAAUCUGCGCCGGCACGAGGGCUCUAGUCGGAUCCCGAACCGGCACGAGGGUUCUAGUCGGCUUCGUCUGCGCUGACGGGGAAGCGAAGCAUGAAUGAACUGAUAGUUUAGUGCAGUCUGAUCAUCAGAUAUCUUUCUACUCUAUGGCGAUUGCAUCGUUGGUCAUCGGAGCAUGUAUGCAAUAUGUUACUCCUGUAUCCACCUGCUGCACAAUGUCCUCUCCGAUUGUCAAGGUGAAUACUCAUAAACUUGUGCCGUGUAUCAGCAGAAGAGUCGGAGCCAUAGCAGUAAUGACUUCAUUAUUCUUAACAACAGAAGCAAUUAUGAGUGAUAAAACUGCAAAGAGUUUAGACUUAAGGAUAACUGUCCCUGACCAAACAGUUGAGGAGGCUCAGAGUGUAGUCAGAGAUCACGCACAGGGGUUAUUAGAUGUCAAGUCACUUUUGGACUCGGAAUAUUGGAGAGAUGCACAACAAGAAUUACGAAAGAAUUCAUCAUACCUGAAACAAGACUUCUACACGAUUAUACAGAGCAAAGAGGGCAGCGCCAGGCCUCUUCUGAGGAGGCUCUAUGCUAAGUUAUUCAAUAAUGUUACCAAGUUGGAUUAUGCUGCAAGAGACAAGGAUGUUGCACGAGUCCAGGAAUGUUACAACAACGUUGCAGCUGCUCUGAAUGACUUUUUAUCUAGAAUAUGAAAAUUAUUGCUGUAAUUCUACAACCCCUUUUCUUG